UUUUAAGGAUAAUAUUGCUAGCGUAUAAUAUGCAAUGAAGGAAAAUACAAGAAGGAAAACAAAAUACAUCGCUUAAAGAGAAAGAAAGAAAUUGUUUAAAUUGGAAGCUUCUAGAAUAUAAAGAUAGCAGAAAAGAAGCCUCUAGAAAGACUAAUAUUAUCGAGUGAGGGGAGGAUAUCCUCUUUCCCACCGGAAACAGGAAUACUAAUCCAAAUGGUAAACUACCUCAAUCUACCACCGCCACCCUUCCCCUAUAUAAACAAAUAGAAACCCACAAUUCUCAUAACAACAAGAAGAACAAGCCUCUUGACCAAACAGAAGAACAAGAACCGAACAAAAGAUCGAGAAGAAAGUCAACAUGAACAUGGAGCCUCCAAUGUGCGCAAAGGGCUGUGGCUUUUAUGGCUGUGUCGAAAACAAGAACAUGUGCUCAAAGUGCUACAAAGAUCAUGUAAAACAAGAGAAUCUCAAUGCUCAGUCGACCACGGUGGCUUCAUCAGUGGAAAAAACUGAUCUGGGUUCCAUCGCUAGAGGAAUUUCCUUGCUUUCUUUUCAAGAUUCAGAUGAUUCAGUUUCUAAUACUAAUACUAGUGAUAUUGAUAAUAAUAGUGGAUCAAAGAAAAACAGGUGUGAAAGUUGCAACAGAAAGGUUGGAGUGUUGGGGUUUGAAUGCCGUUGUGGUGGAGUGUUUUGCGGAAAGCAUAGGUAUCCAGAAACACACUCGUGCAAUUUGGAUCUCAAGAAGGCUGGAAGAGAUGUUUUGGCCAAGCAAAACCCUCUUUGCAAGGGUGACAAGCUGCAGUGCAGGAUUUAGAGACAGAAUAUCAAUAUUUUGCAUGUUAUAUAUAGCUAGGCUUCAAGACUUGUAUUUUGUGCACUUUAUUUUAUUAAAUAUAAUAAUGAAGUAAUUGAACUCGGUA